UUGGCAUUGCUGAAACCGAAUCAUGGAAAACAGGGUUUGCAUGUUCCUUAUCUAUUCAACAAUGGCGGCCACUCUUUUCAUACAUAGCGAUGCAAGAACGACAAUGGAACUAAUAAAAAAUCAAAAGCAUGCCAUAAAGCACACAAAGAAAUUACAGAUAAUUAGUAAACUUAUGAGUUUAGUGAUUGAACAACCCACUGAUACAUCAAAUUCUCAACCUUAUGUGAGCCCUCCAUUUUCUUUGCCACCUUUUGAUUCUUUGCCGCCUUUAAAUUCUCCUCCUUAUUGUGUUAACCCUCCAACUCCUAUUGGAACCUCACCUUCACCACCCUCUCCCUUUUACAACUUUCCCCCUCUUUUUCCGGGCCAAAGCCCCCCACCAGGCGCACCCGGAAACCCGAAUCCACCUGUGACAGUUCCAAACCCACCUGGCAUUUUUCCAAGCCCACCCGGAACUAUGAAUCCACCUGCAAUAGUUCCGAACCCACCUAGUACUUUUCCAAGCCCGCCCGAAACCCCGAAUCCGCCGGUAAUAAUUCCAAACCCACCUAGUGUUUUACCAAGCCCACCACAAGCAAUACCGACACCACCGACAAUUUAUGUGCCAAGCCCAUCGGGACCGAUACUGAGCCCACCUUAUUACAAGCCAAGUCCACCGUUUAAUGCUCCAUCGCCAUUUGGGUUUAAUCCAAGCCCGCCGGUGUUUCUACCACCGAUUGUGUACCCUCCCCCGACGGUUCCACCAGCUCCCCGUACGGGUCCAAGCACAGCAUUAUGGUGUGUGGCUAAGCCAUCAGUGCCUGGCCCAAUCAUGCAAGAGGCAAUGAACUAUGCAUGUGCAUCUGGAGCAGACUGUGAUUCAAUUCAGCCUAGUGGGUCAUGUUUUGAGCCUAACACAGUUUUUGCGCAUGCUUCCUAUGCUUUUAAUAGCUAUUGGCAGAAGACAAAGGUUGCUGGUGGCAAAUGUGAGUUUGGAGGCACAGCCAUACUUGUCACAGUUGAUCCAAGUUAUGAUGGCUGCCAUUUUGAGUACCAGUAUUGAUUGAUGAAUACA